UUUCACCCCCAGGGGGCGCGUCCUUCCUUUGUGUAUAUAUUUGAUGUAUCGUGCAGAAUAAAGGUUGUUUUCCGUCCGUCCUUCGAAAACAUCACAUUGGCGACGAGGAUGUAGCCCGUUCCAAGCUACCUUCGGCAUCCCGUACCGUCCGGCUACGCCCGCCCCGCCAUGAGCUUCCCCGGCCUCGCUCCGCCGCCGCCGUUCCUCCAGACGCCCGGCCGUCCGUCCCUGCCAUGGGAGGAGUGGGAGCAGACUUUUACAGUCUACCUUCUAGCGUCCGGAGCAGCUGAGUGCCCACCAGAGCUACGCAAGGCCAUUCUUCUGGAUUGUUUGGGGGCGGACAUGGGCCGUGUUUUCCGGACUUUACCUGCAGGGUCAAGCGCCGCAGCACCGGCAGUUCAAGAUAAGCCUACCGCGGCCACUACUGACGUGUACGCGUCUGCACUCGCCGCCUUACGGAAGCAGUUUUCGACAUCGUGCAACGUAAUCGUCGAGCGUCAUCGUUUCCACCGCCGCAACCAACACGCAGGCGAGUCCGUUCAUGACUUUGUUGCUGCUUUACGGCAGCUCGUUUCGCAUUGUUCGUUCAAUUCACAAGAUGAGGCUCUCCGUGACCAAUUUGUUGCCGGCGUUGCUUCUAAUCGCGUACGUGAACGGUUCCUACUCGAGGGUUCCUCCCUGUCGUUCGAGAGCGCAGUACGAAUCGCUCUUCAGUUUGAGCAAGCAGCUGAAGAACUAAAGGAAUUCUCUGCUUCAGUCGAGCCUGUUUCUGUGCGUCGUCCGCAUUCUUCGCGAAAAACCAGUUCACAGCCAAAAGAGCAUUGUCAGCAGAACUUUUCAAGGAAAGAGAGCGGUUCACGUGCGUCGCAGGGGCACCGCCCCCCUCGGCGAGACAGAGAUAGCCGGUCCGUUUCACCUCACUGUUUUCGGUGCGGCUCGCGGAACCACCGCGCAUCAGCGUCACAGUGCCCAGCGCAGGGAAAGAAAUGUUCGUUUUGCGGCGUCAAGGGCCACUUUCAGAAAGUAUGCAACCGCAAGCGACAAACGCAAGGCAGGGUUCGUGAAGUUGAUUUUGAUGACGAUGUUUUGUCAAGUGGAAGUUCUGAGCAAGUUUUGACCGUGCAGCAUUCUGCUCGCAGAGCAAUAUACAUACAAGUGGGCGUAGCGGAUGUCAGCUUGACAUUUCUUGUUGACUCGGGGUCGCAGACGUUCAAUUUAAAGGGCGCUCUGCACCACUUUUCUACAUCGUUCGCCAAGGCACCUGUCUGA